UAUUGACAUGUACAUGCGUGCGAAUGGUGAGAUGCUCACGUGCCGUGCUUGAGCCGUGGUUGUGCCAAGUGUCAGCACGGCAAUGCGGAAUACAUCCGGCAGUCUUGUCUUGAUGGAUGUCAUAUCCUUAUUUUGUCUUCUCCGUCGAUGUUACUGUUCUGCUUUCAUCUCCUUUUCGAGGUUCUACGGACGUUCAAGUUUCUCUAGUAUGUACGUACAGGUACAUUACCAUUUGCACGAGAUCGUGUCGACUAAAAUACGUACCGCCCUGAACGCCGCGACACUAAAACACACUCGCCCUUCUCGAACGACUCUAGAAAAAGAUGGUCUCUGUAUAAAUGCGCAAGCCUCUCGACAAACACUUGGGUACUUCCUUUAUUGACGUAAUAUACAGGCCGUGGGAGCGUCUGCGAGCGCAUGCCAAUGCUCAAUGCCGAGAGACUGCAGCUCGCACAUUCCAGUUUUGUAUCUUCACUCCAUCGUGUUAUCUCCCAUUAACCUGGUUUCGGCCGCUCUCAUCCCAGCACCUCGCAAUAACCUUAAUGCCAAGCGACUAGAACAAAAUCUUGGACAGCGGGCUAAUGCGACGUUCUCAAGUCAGAUGUGCCAAACUUCCGAGAGUCCGAAGCUCCAAGCCAGCGCGCGCGCACUACACAGAACAUCUGGGGUAGUAUGUGUAAUCACCUUCCCCAAAGGUGCUCUUUCCCCUAUGGUGCUCACAGCUGGCGUUGCUCGUAAUACUAGCCAAGGCCGAAUUGCAGGCCGAACCCAGAUCGACUUUGUGCCGGGCAGUCCAGCAAACGCGCUCCGAGUGAGAUUCGGGUUCGCCAUAAGAAGUACCCAAGUUAUUUUUCUGCUUGGCGGAAGUCCAUCCAGUUAGAACCUCCACGAAUCACCUUCUGCAAACAGUUAGUAUCGCUUUUGGACGGCUACAUCACCGUGGAUCAGUAGGACCAUAAAAGAACCCCUGCUAUAUCGUUACCGGAUAACAGUCACGUGAUCGUUUCCCACCUUCCGCAUGCAGCAUGAUUGCCAAAUUAUGCCCAGACUGACAUCAAUUUACCAAGACAUUAACGUACUAUGGCGGCUGAAUUGUGGCAAUGCGGUGGGCGCGCUCAU